AUGCCUGGGGCCUUAGGUUACAACAUAUGGAUCACCCUUACUAAGCAGAUAGAUUUGGUCUAUAUGCUAGUACAUGCAUUGAGGCUAUUUAAGAAAGUAACUCAUGUAUUUCCUAUACGAGGUCAUUCCUAUCUACCCAAUGAUCAAGAUUUCGCUCUUAUCGAAAAAAAGAAAAGACGAAAUAGCCCGGAUGUUCCCGAAGAUUGGGAUGCUCUAAUACAGGAAGCAAUGGUAAAACCAUCUCCUUUUGUUGUAGUUAAUAUAAGUCAAAAUAUGUUCUUCAUCAUCCAGAACGCAUGCUCUUCGUAUUUUCUUAAAACUCACCGACCAAAGUUAGGCCUUCGGGAAGCACGCAUAAUAGAAAUAUCUUCCGACUCUAAAAACUAA